UGGACGUGGACGUGGACGUGGACGUGGACGUGGACGUGGACGUUCGUGGACAUGGACGUGGACGUGGACGUGGACGUGGACAUGGACGUGGACGUGGACGUGGACAUGGACGUGGACGUGGACGUGGACGUGGACGUGGACGUGGACGUGGACAUGGACGUGGACUUGGACGUGGACGUGGACGUGGACGUGGACGUGGACAUGGACGUGGACGUGGACGUGGACGUGGACGUGGACAUGGACGUGGACGUGGACAUGGACGUGGACGUGGACGUGGACGUGGACGUGGACGUGGACGUGGACGUGGACGGGGACGUGGACGUGGACGUGGACAUGGACGUGGACGUGGACGUGGACGUGGACGUGGACGUGGACGUGGACGUGGACGUGGACGUGGACGUGGACAUGGACAUGGACGUGGACAUGGACGUGGACAUGGACGUGGACGUGGACGUGGACGUGGACGUGGACGUGGACGUGGACGUGGACGUGGACGUGGACAUGGACGUGGACAUGGACGUGGACGUGUGA